CCAGCCUGGCACAUGGAGACAGAGCAAGACUGUCUCAAAAAAAAAAGUUUUAAAACUUUAGGUCCAGCACGGUGGCUCACACAUGUAAUCCCAGCACUUUGGGAGGCUGAGAUGGUCAGAUCACCUGAGGUCAGGAGUUUCAGACCAGCCUGGCCAACAUGGCUAAACCCCAUCUCUACUAAAACAUACAAAAAUUAGGCCGGGCACAGUGGCUCAUGCCUGUAAUCCCAGCACUUCGAAAGGCCGAAGCAGGCAGAUCAUGAGGUCAAUAGUUCGAGAUCAGCCUGGCCAACAUGGUGAAACCCUGUCUCUACUAAAAAUACAAAAAUUAGCUGGGUGUGGUGGCGCAUGCCUGUAGUCCCAGCUACUCAGGAGGCUGAGGCUUAAACCUGGGAGGCUGAGGUUUGCAGUGAGCCAAGAUUGGGCCACUGUACUCCAGCCUGGAUGACAGAGUGAGACUGUCUCAACAACAACAAAAAAGCUAAAAUUAAUUCAUUGAUUAUAUUCAAUGCCCUCUGAUACUUUGUAUUCUGUCUCCUGUUUUGGUGAGGGGCCUGAUAAAUUGAUUUUGGACUGACCAUUUUAAAAAUACCACCCUAAAGCCAAAGGUUUCUGUUUGGAAAUAAGCAGAUAAGGUACCCAUAUGUGUUUAUAGACUCUGAAGGAGAAACUAGUCAAAAGCAAUCAAUUACUCAACAGAUGAAACUUAGAACUAGCUAUAGCCUAAACUUUAAAUGAUCGUCUGUAAACAUGUUAAACUGAGAAAACCCAAAUCCAAAUAAAGUUACCAGGACAGUAAGAAUGACAUGAAUGAUAACUGUAACAUAAUUAAAUGUAUUGUAACCCAGUGAACAGUGUUGUCAGAUGAAGACAAUGUACUGGGGGAGAAAAAAAAGGGUGACAGGGCAAGACUGUCUCAAAAAAGUAAAAUCAUGAAAAAUGGAAUUAAAAGAUAAGAAGAAAAAAAUAAACUUUAUUUUCAACAUAAGCUCCAUCAAGUUCAAGACACAUCCCUAAGCCAUGACACCAGCCAUUUCACCCAUCCCUAAAGAACUUAAGGUCUUUGGAAUUUAAGCAAGUCAGUGCAGUGUUUUUUUGUUUUGUUUUGUUUUACAUGAUUAAUUGAAGAAAAAUAGGAGUCCUUUAAGGAUUUUUUUCUUUCUUUUUUCUCUUUUUUUUUUUUUUUUUGCGAGACAGAGACCCGCUCCAUCACUCAGGCUGGAGUGCAGUGGGGUGAUGUUGGCUUACUGCAACCUCCUCCUCACAGGUUCAAGUGACUCUCCUGCCUCAGCCUUCCUAGUAGCUGGGAUUACAGGUGUGGACCACCACACCCAACUAGUUUUGUAUUUUUAGUAGAGACGGAAUUUCACCAUGUUGACCAGGAUGGUCUCGAUCUCUUGACCUCGUGAUCUACCCACCUGGGCCUCCUAAAGUGCUGGGAUUACAGGCGUGAGCCACCUUGCCUGGCCUGUUUCAUCUCUUUUACAAGUCUUCAAAGAAACGCUUCAGCAUCUUGAUCCCACAUGUUUAAAAUUUCCAUUGAAUGUUCUGCUCUUAUCUGUGGCUGCUUUGGACACAGACCUCCUAAGCUAGGGCAAGAGAGGUGGAAGAUACUAUCCAUCUCCCUUUGCCUACUCAACAGACUUCAACUUGGAUCGGAGAAAAAUAGGUUUUCAACAUCCCUUACCUGCCACUGAGGAAGUUUUGGCACCUAUUGAGUGGAAAGUUUGCUCAACUUUAAUUCUUUUCAGUCAGAAUUGUGUAAACUGAACCAACUGAGAUAUCUACGAUGGUGGCUGUUGUUUUUGCUAUUAAUCAUCAGCCUCUUCAGUUAUGGCACAAACGAGAUUAAUUUUUUCCUUGCAAAUUGAUGUAGAUGGUCUGCUGCUUUAGGUUUCUUCUUCAACACCUUAUCCCUUCUUACAAUCAGUUAUCCAUUUGUAAACUGCUGAUUUUGUUGGGACAUUGUCCCCGUAAACUUUGGAUAAAGCUCAGUGAUUUCAUAAUUCUUCCACCUAAAUGUUAUCAUAUAUUUAAUGUUUGUUCUUGCUGCAGUUUUAGCAGAAUUCAUGUUGCUCUGAUGGGGGCUCUUUUCAAACUGAUGUCUUAUCCUUUUUAGUGCCUCAAACUAGAUCCUGUUCAGAUACAUUAUAAAAAGUUAGUAUGAGUAUAUUUUGGUGCAAAAAAAAAUUGAAGUCCAGGGAUAGUUUUUUUCAUUUUAUACAUAUAUAUUUUUAUGAGAUGGAGUCUUACUCUGUGACCAAAGCUAGAGCAGAGUGAUGUGAUCUCAGCUCACUGCAACCUUCACCCCCCAGGUUCAAGCAAGUCUCCUGCCUCAGCCUCCCACGUAGCUGGGAUUAUAGGCAUCUGCCACCACGCCUGGCUAAUUUUUGUAUUUUUAGUAGAGAUGGGGUUUCAUCAGGCUGGUCUUGAACUCCUGACCUUGUAAUCCACCUGCCUCAGCCUCCCAAAGUGCUGGGACUACAGGUGUGAGCCACCAUGCCUGGUAUAAUAUACAUUUUCUAUGAACUUUUUGAAGACCUCUCAUAUAUCACAGCAGACUAGGGCCAGAUCCUGCAGUUAGGUGGGCCGUGGCCCAAAUCUAGUCUUACUAUAUCAUCACCCAAGUCAUGAACCGUCUCUGAGUCACAGUUUCCUCAUCUUUCAAGUGGGGUUAAUACUCUAUCUCAUAAGGUUGUUUUGUGAUUGACACAUGUAAAGUUCUUGGUACAUAGUAGGGUUUCAAUAGACACAAUGAUUAUUGUAAACUAAGUAAGUUGUAGCUAACCUCUAUACUUUUGACCCCCAGCUAAAUACAAUACAUGACUUCUAUUAUAUAUCCAUUCAACAAAUGUUCAUUGGACACCUCUCAUGUGCCAACUAGAUGCUGGGAAUAUAAUGGUGAGCAAGAUGGUCGCUGUUUGUACUGUCACAGGCCUUAAAGGCCAGUGGCAGAGAGACAAGCAGGCAACUAGAAGACAGUGUGGGAAGGGCUCUGACAGAGAAGGACACCCCUCCAUACAGCCAGACGCCCAGGCAAUGCACAGAUAGGUCAGAUGUUCUGAGAAAGAAAUGAUUUGGGACCACUUUAAAAGCUCCUGGAGGUAGGCAGAACAUAACACAUAAAGGAACACACAUACAUAAUGAGAGAACUCGAGUAGUGACUGAGACCUGGCACGCAAUACAGAGCAGCUCUGCCUUAUCUCCAGAGCUCGUUGACUACAAAUGAGAUUUGCCAGGACACUAUUCAUUAAAACAAUCAUAUUAUGAUGGAAUAACCUGAGGGCCUCAGCCUUUCAUAUGAAGGGAUUUUACCUCCAGUAAUAUCUGGGGACACUUGGCAACGUCUAGAGGCAUCGUUUAUUGUUAUGACUAAGGGGAGAAAGGGUGUAUUCAUGGCAUCUAGUGGGUAGAGGCCAGGGAUGCUGCUUAAUAUCCUGCAAUGGCUUUUCACAAUAAAGAAAUAUUUGGUCCCAAAUGUCAAGAGUGCUGAGAUUAAGAGGUGCUGUCUAGAGGAACUACUAAACAAAACUAGAACUGUGCCUGCACAGUGGCUUACAUCUAUAAUCCCAGCUCUUUGGGAGGCUGAGCCAGGCAGAUCACCUGAGGUCAGGAGUUCAAAACCAGCCUGGCCAACUUGGUUAAACCCCAUCUCUACUAAAAUACAAAAAUUAGCCAGGUGUGGUGGCGCACGCCUGUAAUCCUAGCUGCUCAGGAGGCUGAGGUGGAGGAUCGCUUGAACCCGGGAAGCAGAGACAGCAGUGAGCCAAGAUUGCGUCCCUGCACUCCAGCCUGUGUGACAGAGCGAGACCCUGUCUGAAAACAAAAACAAAAAAUUAGAACUAAAGCAAACGAUUUAAUCUUCCUAAAGACAUGAGGACAAUAGACUGUUUUAAUCUUUGUACAUGAAAGAGCUAUGCAUCCUCACUGGGCCUCAGUUUCCUAAUCUGAGAAACGAGAUUAUUGGAUUAGAUAAUGUAGAAAGUUCUUUCCAGCUGGAAAAAAAUAUAUAUGAGUCAAAUAUACUUAAAGGAUUAGAAUGCAGGCUGGGCAUGGUGGCUCAUGCCUGUAAUCCCAGCACUGUGGGAAGCCAAGAUGGGAGGACCACUUGAGCUCAGGAGUUCAAGACCAGCCUGGGCAACAUAGCGAAACUGCAACUGUACAAAAAAAAUACAAAAAUUAGCUGGGUAUGGUGGCGUACCCGGUGGUCAGCUACUCGGGAGCCUGAAACUGGAAGAUCGCUCAAGUCCAGGAGGUCGAAGCCGCAGUGAGCUGAGACUGCACCACUGCACUCCAUCCUGGGCAACAGAAUGAGACCCUGUCUCAAAAAAAUAAAUAAAUUAAUUAACAUGGACUACAAGAUUGAGGGGAUGAUGGUCAGGUCAGUCCAAGUGCUAGUCUGUCUGUAUCUCCUCACCUUCAAACUUCCUGGAGUCAAGGGCUGAGUCCUUUCAUCAAAAAUACUUCUGUAUGGAGCUCCCACUAUGGGCAGGCACUGUGCUAGGUGUUAGAGGAGUGCAAAGAAUGAGGGGGAUAGAACAAGCAAGGAUAGCUAUGAGACCAGCACUAAUGACAGAAAGAACACCAAUGUUAAUUGAGUACAUACAUGUCAGACACAAGGAGAGGCACUCAGUAUACUUUCCUCAGUCCUCACUGCAUUUUAUUAAGUAUGCCUAUUUCUCAGGCAAGGAAACUGAAGCUCAGGAAGGCUAAGCAGCUUUUCCAGAAUCAGACAAUGAUUGGUGGAAGCUGGAGAAGCACCCCACCCCCCCAGCCUGUUUACUCCAACUCUUGAAUCUUUUCUAACAACUAUUGCCUAGUGCCAAAAGAGUACGCAAAGAGCUCUUACAGUCUCUUUGCUGUAAAAGAGGAAGGAGGGAGAUAGCCCAACCUGGAGAGAAAACAAGAGAGAUUUCCUGGGCAGGGAGACACGCGAAUCAUUAUUUAUUUGGUUAGUUAGUUUUUAGAGAUGGAGUUUUGCUCUUGUUGCCCAGGCUGCAGUGCAGUGGCGCUAUCUUGGCUCACUGCAACCUCCGCCUCCUGGGUUCAAGCGAGUCUCCUGCCUCAGCCUCCUGAGUAGCUGGGAUUACAGGCAUGCACCACCACACCUGGCUAAUUUUUGUAUUAUUAGUAGAGACACAGUUUUACCAUGUUGGCCAGGCUGGUCUCGAACUUCUGACUUCAAGUGAUCCACUCGCCUCGGGCUCCCAAAGUGCUGGGAUUACAGGCAUGAGCCACUGUACCCGACCCUAAUUCUUUUAGAUACCGUCUUACUAACUCUCUUCUUCAGCAUAUAGAACCUGACACAUCAGCAGAGAAUCUAAAACAAAUCAUAGCCCAUUGCAAUGGCCUUCCAAGGCUGGGUGCAAUUAUUUUGUGAUUCAGAGUUUGACCUGAGAAAAUAUUACUUGAAAGAAGUGGGUUUUAGCUUGGAAAUAUUUUUGUUAUAUAUUACAUUUGUUGUAACAGAAUUUCUGCAGUAGACAGCAAAAUUCCUUGCUAACAAUUGUUCCCCACAAUCCGAUUGUGGGAAGACAGUGAACUAAUAUUUUAGAAACAAAUGUGAAUGUCUCCAUCCCAUAGAGUGUAACCUAGGCCUAAGGUAGCUAUAAUAACUUAUACUUGCUUUUUUUUUUUUUUUUUUAAAUGGGAUCUCACUCUGUCACCCAGAGUGGAUGGAGUUCAGUGGUGCAAUCAGAGCUUACUGCAGCCUCAAACUCGUGGGCUCAACCAGUCACCCCUGCCUCAGUCUCCCAAGUUGCUAGGACUACAGUCGUGUACCACCAUGCCCAGCUAAUUUUCUACUUGCGGUUUUAAUGCUUGAAAAGAGUAUACUGAUUUGUUUAACAGAUAAUCGUGGAGCAUGUGACAUGUAUAGUGUGCUAGUCUCAUGAGAGCAUACAAAGAAAUCUAGCCAGGGAAAUGAAACAUUAAAAGCUAAAUAACAGCCCGGCACAGUGGCUCACGCCUGUAACUCCAGCACUUUGGGAGGCCAAGUGGGGAAGAUCACUCGAGGUUAGGAAUUCAAGACCAGCCUGGCCAACAUAGUGAAAACCUCUCUACUAUUAAAAAAAAAAAAAAUUAGCAGGGCAUGGUGGCAAAUGCCUGUAGUCCCAGAUACUCAGGAGGCGGAGGCAGGAGAAUCUCUUGAACUCAGGAGGUAGAGGUUGCAGUGAGCCGAGACUGCGCCAUUGCACUCCAGCUUGGGCCACAGAAUGGGACUCCAUCUGAAAAUCAACCUAACAAACGAAAAGCUAGAUAGAUAAAGAACAAUGUAAAGUAAUGAUUCUCAGCUGGGGGGAAAUUUUGCCCUAGGAUUUAUUUGGCUGUUUCUGGAGAUAUUUUUGGUCGUCACAACUGGAGGGGUGCUGCUGGCAUCUAAUGAUGCUGCUGCAUCCUGCAAUGCUCUGGGUGACCCCCUACAACAAAGAAUGGUCUAGCUCAAAAGCCAAUAGUGCUGAGCUUGAGAAAUCCUGACAUAAGAAUUACAUGCUCAUCAAGUAGUGCCAACUCCGAGUGUUACAGAAGUUGAAAGAAGAAACCCAACACUAUCAGCUGGAGUAGUCAGGGAAGGUUUUAGAGAGGAGAAAGGAUCGGACUGUUCCAAGAAGAGCUAGGAUUUAGGAAGGGAGGGCGCCUAGAGAGAACAGUCCAAGGAGGGACUAUGGGCAGAGUGCUGGAGGGGAGUGAGUGGGAGGUUUGUGGGGGCAGUGAGCAGGCCGUCCUGGAUGGAGCAUUCUCUCCUCUCCACAGCCUCGAGUGGGUCAGCAGGUGACAUUAUCUCCACAUGACAGAUGGGGAAAACCAAGUCACAGAAAGCUUGAGAGGGGACCGUGUAACUGUCUCGGAGCUGGAGCUAGAGGCCAGUCCACCCAUUACCCAGGCCCAGACCCUUCCCCAGUGUAACCUACUUCACCUGAGCUAUGAGCCCACCCUUUGCUGAUAACAGCCACCAGGAGCCAAGUGGAACCUUCAGGGGCAUCACCUAGACAAAGGCUUUCUUCUGCCCCAAUUCUAGCAGUACUACUCCGGAACCUCAGUGUCUGUUUAUUUGAAAGGACACCCUGUAGAACCUCCAACACACACACACACACACACACACACACACACACACACACACACACACUUCUGAAGAAAUAGAGAGGCAGGUAGAAAAUUGAGUCAUGUUCUGAAGAGCACAGACACAAAGUAUGGAAUACCAGUUAAGAAGAGAAUCUGCUGGUGCAGAAGCCACAGAACAGCCUCUGGCCAGUGAGGCACAGUCUCUGUGAAUGGAGAUGCCAGCAAGCGUGGGAGAGUGGGGGAAGGAGGAGCGGGAGCGGAUGGGUGUUCAGCAUUGCCAGAGCAGGAGCAGUGGGGGAAACCGCACUGGGUAGAGUGAAGGGGUAACUGUAACUGGGAACUUCCCACUCAGACACUCUGAGGAGAUAGAAGAGCAAAGACCGGUGCACGUCUGAAGAGGAGGGAGCAGCCAAGGUCCCUAGGCAACUCUUAACACAACCUCAGUUCCUGAGAGUCCCUUUUGACUGCCGGAGUUCCCUCCUAUCCAUUCAACAUUUAAGGAUCCCGAGGAAAAGCAGCCUCUGGAGCAUGGUCAGAAAAGGUUGGAAAGGAGAAUGAAGGGCAGAAGAAAAGAGCAAGUAACUGGAGGUGUUGUAGGCCAGAAGGGGAUGGAUUUGGGGAAAGAAAGAAGUGGAUUGCCAGGGCUGCCCCGACUCCUGUGGCAGACAUGGAGGAGCUGGGUGAAGUCGGUGGAGAAGGUGCAGCUUGGAAGAGCCAUGCAGGAGGUGAGCUCCAAACCUGGGUCUGUCUUCCCAGCCCUGCCAGCCACCUGUGUCCAAGAGAUGGGAUUCAUGGGAGCAAGCAGGGACCCAGGCACCACCACUGGGACUCUUCUCCCUCACCCCUCCUCAUCCCAGCAGCCCUGGCCUCUAGGGCUGAAAUACAGUAGUCCCCACUGAUACUCAGUUUCACUUUCUGAGGCUUCAGUUACCCGUCGUCAACUGCGAUCCAAAAAUAUUAAAUGGGAAAUUUCAGGAAAAAAGGUCAUAAGUUUUAAGUUGCAAACCAUUACCAGGCGUGGUGGCUCACGCCAGUAAUCCCAACACUUUGGGAGGCUGAGGAAGGAGGAUCACUUGAGUCCAGGAGUUCAACACCAGUUUGGGCAACAUAGUGAGACAUUACCUCUAAAAAGAAAUUUUAAUUUAAUUUAAAAAAAUUAAAUUGCAUGCCAUUCUGAGUAGUGGGACGAAAUCUCACGCCAUCCCGCUCCACCCGCCGGAGAUGUGUAAUCAUCCCUUUGCUCAGUGUAUCCACGCUAUUGCUGCCUGCUUUAGUCACUUAGGUGCCAUCUGGGUUAUCAGAUGGAAAUAACAUAGUAUAUACAGGGUUCAGUACUAUCUGAGGUUUCAGGGAUCCACUGGAGGUCUUGGAAUGUGUGCCCCGAGGAUAAGCCGACCACUGUAAUCUGAAAGCCUGGCUGUGUUUCACCCAGCUGUGCAUGCUUUUGAAUCUCCAGUGAGGCUGAAGGUGGGGGGUAGUGAAGAGCUGGUGCAGUGGUGGAGGUUCUGGUCCAGGAAGCAUCUAGGCCGAGACCAUAGUGAUUCCUCCCACCUACCCUCACAGCUGCUUCUGCACUGGAUUCCCACCAAGACGCCCUUUCUCUCAGCCCCAGUGGAACAGGGGGCACCAAGAGUGUGGCUUUAAGGACAGUGUGCUCACCCUCCCUUGCUUUGAUUUUCAACUAUUUCCUAGCCUGGCCUCAUAAGAAAAAUAUAAGCACUGUGCAGACUGUGCAUUUCUCUUGCCUGGGAGGCCCUGACAUGAUCAGAACCACAACAAACCCCAGCCUUCACCCCAACCCACUCCUGCCUCUCGCCCAGGGCUUGAAAGCAGAGGGACCAGGGUGCUGGUGCUAAUGUGUGGGACCAGAGCAGGCCCCCAUCCUGGUCCCUGCAUUGCCUGGCCUGGAGGAGGUGCUGCUGUGAGUGAUUUUCAGUCUGAAGGGUGCAAGUGGGUCAGAAGACGUUCCAGUCCAUGUUCAGGAGGGCAAUUGGACCCCAAGUUCAAAAAUAGCCCCACCCUCCCUCCUUGUAGCCUAAGCCCCUACCUCUUGGCAGGUCAUAGGUUGCAAGCAGGCUGCUGUGUUUUAGAAUAGAGGGCAGGGAGCAGGGAGGUGUACUGGGGCUUCCUUCUCAAGGUGGGAGGGAGAGAGGAGAAGGGUAGGGUCCCAGCCACAGGACAGAUAGUUCCAGGCCCACCUCACCCUCCAAGCCUUCCUCCGCCCCUAGGCAAAGCUUCCCACUUGCCUGAUCAGUGCAAGGGCACAUCUGGAAGCGACACAUCCCCACCCUACUCCCAGGCCUUGAGACCUGGUUGGUUCUCACAGCUGUUCUCACUUCUUCCUGUCCGACCCACUCAUUCAUUCCGAUGCCUGGAGAGGAAUUCCCUGUGCUCCUGUUUCCACCCGUCAGUCCUCAGGGUGGGUGUGAGUGUGAGUGGACACCCAGGAUUUCCUGCCUGGAGAACUGGGCCUAUUGGUUGAUCCCCAGGCUUCCUACCCUCGGCUUCCAGCCCCAUCUAAUUAAUUACCUGCAGCCAGGAGCUGUAUCCACAGCACUGCCUUCCCCUCCCUCAGGUGCCUCUGCAGCUCAGCCCAGAGCCAACUGCAAAGAGAGGAGGGCAGGCAACACCUCUACUCUCUUGAAGGCACAGAGGUGGGCCUGAUGACCCCAGGCCAUGUGAGAUCUUGUUGGGAGCACAAGAAGCACUCUUCCUGCUCUUUGUCACCCUUCCAUUAUAAGUCCCAUGUGGGUUUUCACUGUAUUCCAUAUCAGGGCUGUGGAACCCUUGACAUAAUCCUACCCUACCUUCCAGGCAGGCCUAAAAGUGAGUGUGUGUGGUGGUGGCAAUGUGCCUGUGUAUGUGUGCUGAUGUGUGUGUGUGGGGGUGUGUGGUGGUAUGUGUGUGGCGGUGGUGUGCUUGUGUGGUGGUAUGUGUGUGUGUGGCGGUGGUUUGUGUGGUGGUGUGUUUGUAUGGAGGGGUGUGUGGUGGUGUGUUUGUGUGGUGGUGUAUGUGGUGCUGUGUGUGUGUGGUGGUAUGUGUGUGGUGGUGUGUGUAUAUGUGUGGUGGUACGUGUGUGUGAUGGUGUGUGUGUAUGUGUGGUGGUAUGUGUGUGGUGGUGUGUGUGUAUGUAUGUGAGGUAUGUGUGUGUGGUGGUAUAUAUGUGUGUGGUGUAUGUAUGUGUGGUGGUGUGUGUAUGUGUGUGUGGUGGUGUGUGUGUGGUGGUAUGUGUGUGUGGUGCUGUGUGUGUGGUGGUGUGUGUAUAUGUGUGGUGGUAUGUGUGUGUGUGGUGGUGUGUGUGUAUGUGUGGUGGUAUGUGUGUGGUGGUGUGUGUGUGGUGGUGUGUGUGUAUGUAUGUGAGGUGGUAUGUGUGUGUGGUGGUAUAUGUGUGUGUGGUGUAUGUAUGUGUGGUGGUGUGUGUAUGUGUGUGUGGUGGUGGGUGUGUGUGUGGUGGUGUGUGUGCAUGUGUGGUGGUGUGUGUGUGUGGUGGUGUGUGUGAGAGAGAGAGUGAGAGAGAGAGAGAGAGAAAGGAUGCCCUAGGGCUUCCUCUCCCUGCAUACACUGGAAAAAGAGAAAAGGAUUUCAUAUCUGCAGUCUUUUUGUUUUGUUUUGGGACAGAAUCUGCCUCUGUUGCCCAGGCUGGAGUGCAAUGGCACAAACACAGCUCACUGCAGCCUCGACCUCACCGGCUCAAAUGAUCCUUCUACCUCAGUCUCCCAAAUAGCUGGGACUACAGGGCACACCACCAUGCCCAAUUAAAAUUUAAAAAACAUUUUUUUUUUUGUAGAGACGGUCUCACUAUGUUGCCCAGGCUGGUCUUGAACCCCCCGGGCUCAAGCAAUCUGCCCACCUCAGCUUCCCAAAGUGCUGGGAUUACAGGCGUGAGCCACUGCACCUGGCCUGCAGUCUUGACAUGCUGUGAAAUACUGUCCUGUUUAAUUUCUAGCCAACAAUAUCAAAAAGAAUUCUCCUAAGAUGGAGAGCAGAUUUAGGAAGAGUUUUAGAAAGGUUCCAUCACCACCGACCUGCAACAGAGUGAGUAUCUGUGGCCCCUAGCAUCCUGAGCCAGCAGGGGAGGGUAUGGGGUGGGAUGUCUAUGACAAGUCUGCUGCAUGCAUUAGCUACUAUGCUACUGUGUCCCUGAGUGCUGGCAUGGGAGCCAGGUCUGGCAACUAUCCUGGCAUUGGCAGACGGGAGGAAGGAGGUCUCAUGAGCAGAUGGAGGCUUCUGCAGCAGUUCUCUCUGCAGGGCCCCUCUGUCAGAGUGUGUCAGCUUCCCCUGCCCUGGCCUUGACCCUGUCACAUCUUGGCCUCAGUUUCCUAAUGGUUUAUCACCUUUUUUUCUGAAGAUUGUCAUUGCAGUGGAAUAUAUUAAGUGCUAGGUGAGGUAACCGAUGAAGGAAGUUACUUGAAAGUGCUUCGGAAGAUGUCAAGAACUACACAAACUCAAGUCAUGAUUCUUAGUGUUUUCAUCAUAAAGGAGUACUACAGACGUCCCUGCCAGAUUGGGAGAUGUCUGAGAGUUCACCUACUCCAGUUCUUUCAUUUUGCAAAUGAGAAACGUGAGGCUUGGUGAAGUGAAGUGGUUUUCCAAGGCCACACAGAGCAAUUAAGCCAGCACUGGAGUCCUGAGACACAGCUAGCCGUUCACUGCACAUCCACAGUGAACACCGUGCUGUGCAGUGUACCACUUUACAUCCAUCCCACACAGCAAUCCUGUGGAAUACGAAUAUUAAUUCUAUAGAUGAGGAAACUGGCCAAGAAAGGUUUUUUAUUUUUGUAUUAUUUAUUUUAUUUUUUGAGACGGAGUCUUGCUCUGUCACCCAGGCUGGAAUACAGUGGCACGAUCUCGGCUCUCUGCAACCUCUGCCUCCCAGGUUCAAGUGAUUCUCCUGCCUCAACCUCCCAAGUAGCUAGGAUAACAGGUGCACGCCACCAUGCCUGGUUAAAAAUUUUUUGUAUUUUUAGUAGAGACAGGGUUUUACCAUGUUGGUCAGGCUGGUCUCAAACUCCUGACCUCAAGUUAUCCACCAGCCUCAGUCUCCCAAAGUUCUUGGAUUACAGGCAUGAGCCCCUGCGCCUGGUCUGUUUUUUUGUUUGUUUUGAGACAAAGGUCUCGCUGUGUCCCCUAGGCUGGAGUACAGUGGUGCGAUCUCUGUUCAUUGCAACCUGCACCUCCCAGGUUCAAGUGAUUCUCAUUCUUCAGCCUCCCGAGUAGCUGGGACUACAAGGCUCCCGCCACCAUGCCCAGCUAAUUUUUGUAUUUUUAGUAGAGAUGGGGUUUCACCAUGUUGGCCAGGCUGGUCUCCAACUCCUGACCUCAAAUGAUCCACCUGCCUCAGCCUCCCAAAGUGCU